UGCUUCAACUUCUCCGCACAGGAAGAUGAGUACAGAAGUCACCAAGCCUGCUCUUGCACCAAAGCCACAAGGUCUCGACCCUUUCAGCUCAGUGCCUCUUUCAAAGUACUCAUCACCUCUUCUCUCAAGAUCGAAACUGGUUCACCAAGGCAAAUCUAUGUCCAGGGGCCCCAAACCUCCCAUUGCCCCAAAACCAGUGUUAUCCCCAUCUACAGAAAGGAGGUGUAUAGAGGACGAGAAUAAUUCCCUGAACAAGUGUGCCAAUGGUGAAGUAGAGUGCCCAGUGGAAAUCUACGAUGCCGAUCAUUACCGAUCAGGGUGCGGAGAUUCUGAGAAGUUGGAUAUAACAUAUGGUGAUUACUUUGCUGAGUCUCAGCUUACUGAUGAAGAAAAUACUGAUUUGGAGUGUGAAAAAAGCUUAUGUUCUGAGGAACCAGCAGAUGUGUGGAAUACUACCUUUGGGGAAGGGGAUAUCACUGAUGACACAAGCUGUAGUCCUUCUCAAGCUGGGGAGGAAGACAGUGGGCAUCCAGACAGUAUGCCGUCCAGGGAUGUUGAAUCAGGGGACUCUACAGAAGUUGACGAUAGUGACAACACUGAUGCUCUCAGCUUAAGAUCUUCAUCGACGGCUGAGGCCGAUAGCUUAGUGCCUAAUUCUGGCUCAAUGCAAUUCAAAAAUGACCUAGGGGACAUGGAUGAUUUCUUACCCACUGACAGCAAUGAAUGUAACAAUGAGGAAGGGGACACAGAUCUUAAAGAUUCAAGCUAUGAAGAUGUCAUUUUGACAGAGGAUGGUGAGGAUAGCCCUACAGCAGAGGAUGAAAAUGAAGGAACUGAAAACUGUGAGAUCUCUUUGCACGAGGCUCCUUGCCACAGCUGUGAAGACAUUCAUGCAUCUUCUGACCAUGGAUUGUUAGAUACUGAUGCCAUAGUUGAAUGUCCUGGACUAGAAACUAGCCCUACCCCAUGUGAGGAGUCAUCCAUGCCUGAACAAGAGGAUUCCUCAGAAAUUACAGAUCAUGUGCUAGAAAACACAGAAGACCCAGCUGUUGAGGGGGACAGUGUUGAACCAUCAAUAGACCUUAAUGAGGAGUCAGUCGUGGCUCUAACAGACUCUACUUUUCAGGAGGCUGGAGAUCAAGAAGACAGUAUAGUCAGUGAAGUGGCAGAAGAAGCAACACAGGAUACUCUUCAGAUGGCUGAGGGCUCCAAAGAAACAGGGGAUGUUGCAGGAGAAGACAAUGCUGAUGACAGCUGCCAAAUCAUUCCAUUUGAAAGUGAGGGUAAUGAUGAUGUGAAUGAGGCAACCCAACAACCUCUGGAUACAGAUACCUGCCCAAGCCUUCUGGAGCCAUUGACAGAGUCUGAAACAGAGCAGAUAGAUGAAACCGAGCCUCUUCCUGGGACCACAUGUUUUAACGAGGAGCCAGACAACUUUGACGCACCACUACAACCUUCUGAGUCCACUGACACAGCUGCAGAUAGUGAAGGAAAUAACAUAUGUGACGUCCCAGCUUUAGUCGCACAGGGUGAAGGACUUGGAGAGGAUGGAGCUGACACAGCAGAGGUGUCACCUGAAGAUCAGGAAACAGAGGUCAAGGAGCUCUCAACGGACAGUGCGGAAAACACACUAGCGGCUGAGGUAACUCCAGAGCCAGAGGAGGAUGACAGCAACCCUUAUGUACUGGAGGACAGUAUCCAGUCCAGAAACAGGAAGUUGCAGCAAACAGAGGACAUUUCUUACAACAAGCCAGAGGGGGAAGCCACUAGGCCCCAUUGUGUAAUGGAGGAAUGUAACCAGGAAGGAGAAAACCAUUUACUUUGCAUAGACAGGAAAAACAUUGUUACAAGGACAAGAUCCUACUCAGGAAAAAUACCUGGUAAUGUCCCAGAGACUGUCCCAGAAGAGACAGCGGCAGAGAUGGACUCUCAGCCACCAAGCAUUGACCCUUUUCUCAACACAAAGUGUGAAAAGCCAGAGUCAAAACCUAUUGACUUUCUCAGGGCUCUACCAAGGAAGCCAAGUCGUUUUAUUCUCUACCCUCGGUCUUACUCAGUGGAGGGCAGAGAAAAUGCAGCUUCAAUGUAUAUUGAAUCAGAUAUCACUUUCUCUCCAUUUAUCAUUAGCUCCUCUGGUAGUUUUUCACAGAGAAAUCAUAAUUCCUCCAGCGGAAUGUCCACACCUACCUCACUGAUGGACAUUCCACCGCCCUUUGAACUUGCCAGCAUUACAAAGAAACCCAUUACCAAAAGCUCCCCGUCGCUUUUGAUCGAAAAUGAAUCUUCUGACAAAUGUUUCAAAAAGAAAAAGUCAUCAUUCAAAAAAUUCCUUACCUUAAAGUUUAAGAAGAAGACAGAAAACAAGGUCCAUGUUGACGUCAAUGUAUCUUCUUCAAGGUCUUCUUCAGAGUCGAGCUACCAUGGCCCAUCCAGAUUCAUAGACAUGGAACGAAGGAGUCUUGGGAAUUCUCCUCAAUUGCAGAGUCGUUCUGGGAUGCAUUGUCACCCUGAUUCCCCCACAGCUAUCCUCUACUAUAAGGACAUGAAGAGGAAAGGAACCUCCAAGGCCUUUGGCAGGAGCGUGGCCAGGGUUGAGUCUUUCGAGGAUCGUUGCAGGCCACCAUUUAUGCCUUUGCCAUUAACCAAACCCAGGUCUAUUUCUUUUCCCAACGCUGACACCUCCGAUUAUGAAAACAUCCCAGCGAUGAAUUCCGAUUAUGAAAAUAUACAGAUUCCACCUCGAAGACCAGCGAGAGCGGGGACGUUUACAGAAUUUUUUGAGGAUCCCAGCAGGGCUUUGUCUUCCGCCAACGAGAACGAUGGAUAUGUUGACAUGAGCAGUUUCAAUACCUUUGAGGUCAAAACGCAGACAACAGAGCAGGAAACUGAAAGUGCCUACACCGAACCAUACAAAGUGUGCCCCAUUCCUAUGGGAAACGCAGAGGACGUCACCUCCGACGAAGAGCAGAAGAGUUCUGAAGAUGAAGAGAGCAGCUCGGGAGGAAAUGGAGGAGUGCAAAAGAGGGACGGACCGACCAGAGCGCUGGCGAUCGUGGAGGACCUGCUCACCUCGGAAAGAGAGUAUGUGGAAAUGCUGAGACACUUGCACACUGAAUUCCACAUGGCCAUCCUCAGGGCUCUGGGCCCUGAAGAGGAGGAUGGGGAAGAGGAGCUAAGACUGAGACACGGACUCAGCCAGCUGCUGCACAUCUACCUGUUGCAUGAAGAGGUUCUCGGAGAGCUGGAACAGAGGAUCCAGAACUGGGAAGAGAACCAGAAAAUUGCAGACAUCUUCCUAAGCCGGGAAGCCAGGUUUCAGUACCACACGGCUUUUAUCGUUGCCUUCGACAAGACGAGCGCUGCGCUCGAUGACUGUAGUAUGAAAGCUCCCAGCGUGGCGGCUGUCAUAAGAGACUUCGAGAGGAUCUUCCAGAGAAGACAGUCGAGCAUCAAACAUGAACUGAUGAAAGUGGUGCAGAGGAUCUUCAAGUAUCACAUGAUCCUUACAGAUUAUGUGAACAAUCUCUGUCCAGACUGGGCGGAAUACGAAGAUACCCAAGCUGCCUUGCUCAUUGUCUCAGAAGUCGCAGACCGAGCUAAUGAGAGUAUGCGUCACGGGGAAAAUCUACAGAAGUUGGUUCAGAUCGAGUACAGCGUCAGGGGACAGGGCGGCCUGCUCCAGCCGGGAAGAGCGUUUGUGAAGGAAGGCACGCUGAUGAAGGUGUCCGGAAAGGCCCGCCACCCUCGCCAUUUGUUCCUGAUGAACGACGUCCUUCUUUAUACCUACCCUCAAAAGGAUGGAAAGUACCGACUGAAGAACACGCUCUCCAUCCCCGGAAUGAGGGUGAGCCGGCCAAUUGUGGAAAAUGCUCAGAAUGUCCUGAAAAUUGAAUGUAUGGAGUGCUGCCUGACUCUGUCUGCCAGCUCCUGCUCGGAGAGAGACGACUGGUUCAGCUGUAUCAGCAGGACAGUGCAAGAAUAUUACAAAGCUCCGACUGUGUCUAUCUACAACAAUGUAGAGGUGCGGGAAAGGUUGGGGAUGAGCCUGGGGGAGCGGCCGCCCAGUGUGGUUCACAUGUCCCACGUCAUGAUGUGUAUGAACUGCAGCAGUGACUUCACGCUGACGCUGAGACGCCAUCACUGUCACGCCUGCGGGAAGAUUGUUUGCCGCAGCUGCUCCAGGAACAAAUACCCUCUGAAGUACCUAAAAGAUCGUCCGUCCAAAGUCUGCAACUGCUGCUACGCCGAGCUGCGGAAAAGAGAGCUCGCUACAGCCAGUGCCAAUUCCUCACCGCAAAUGCCAAGAUCGGCAACCAGCACCUUCACGUCCAUGUUUCAAAGCAUCCACCCGUCUGCUUUCAAGAGGCAUAAGAAAGUGCCAUCAGCUCUGCUGGAGGCAGCAGUGUCCGGAGAAAACGCUUCCAUCAGCGGCUACUUACACCGAUGCAAAAAGGGCAAAAAGUACUGGAAGAAACGCUGGUUUGUUAUUAAAGGCAAAGUGCUGUACACGUACACCGCCUGCGAGGAAAAAAUUGCCACAGAAAGUUUACCUUUAUUAGGUUUCCACAUUGUGCCUGAGAACUGGGACCAGAACCCCAAGCUAGGCACAGUGUUCCAGCUCUAUCACAAGCAGACCUUGUACUAUAGCUUCAAAGCGGCAGACACCAAUACAGUGAUCAGGUGGGUUGAUGCCAUAAAAGCAGCAUCGGUGUUAUAGCAUUUGCUAAUCAGAAGGCCGCUAAACCAAUGAACAUUAUCUGAAUGUAAAUCCUCAAGAUUGAACUGGAAAUCAAAGAAAAAAUACAAAUUACAGAAUUUAUAGGAAGUCGCGUGUCGCCCCCUGCAGG